GAGCAUGAUGACUCGCAAAGAAAAAACCAAUAAAAGGAGAAUGCGAAGAAGGAGAAACAAGGUGAUUGCUCGCAUGAACUAUCGGUACUUUCAGCUUCAGAUUAAUUGGCAGCUUCGACGUGAAGCUGCGGUCAAUCGAAUGCCUCUCAGCGAAACUGUUGAAGAUAUAAUCAAUUACAUCAAAGAACACGAGCAAACGGACUGUCUAGUAGUAGGAUUUGCAUCGGUGGAGUUGAACCCUUUCCAUACAGAGAUUCCAUGCAUCAGCCCUGUGCCAGUUGACUGAAUUGAAAGUAAAACGAUGUUUAUACCCAAGUGCAUGGUUGCUAUUAAUUUAUCACCAACCAAAUUACGGUUGUUGGGCUUUCUAUAGAAAUAAAACAAUAUUUAAA